ACAGUUAACAUCACAGCAGCAGCAGCAGGAGCAGGAGCAGGAGCAACUGGCAGCAAGAAGCCUCUACUAGCCACAGCGAGCGCGACAAAGACUUCCACUUCCACAUUGACUUCGACGGCCUCGUCCGCAUCCAAUUCGUGCCCAACGCUCGGCCCAAGCUUGCAGCCCAAGCAUAACCACAACAACAAAAUGGAGCUGCUGAGCAGCCCAGCAAUAGCAGCAACAACCACAACAGCAACCGCCACGAAGCAGCUGCUGGUGCAGGACUACCUGAGCUACGCAUCCCCACCGACCUAUUCCCGACUGCCACCCGAUGGCCACGAGUUUCCACCCAACUUCAGUGAGCCGCUCAUAAUGCAUCCCAAGCUGAGCUUCGAGCACAACAACAACAACAGCAGCAGCAGCAGCAGCAACAACAGCAACAAAUUGGACGCUGCACCACCGCUACCCAAGACGGGACCGCCUCCAACCGUGCCGCGUAAGAUGUAUCGCCAGGAUUUGGUCAUCAAUAUGGAGGAUGCGCGUCCGACAGCACGCGCCACAGAGAGUGCGGCCACAGCGCCAUCUGGCGGCGGUGGCGUGCGCGACUAUCAACGUUCCUUGAGCGCCAGUGCGCCGCGCAAGCCCAGCGAUUGGCGCAAAGACGAAAAGUCCGAAAAAUCGGUGCGCGACAAAAUAGCCAUGUUCUCAUCCAGCAACGAACUGGACGCCAUUGCGCCAGCUCCAGCCACAGCCAGCUCCAGUUCCACUUUCUCUCGCAAGCCACUGAACAUGAGCAGCGAGAAUCUGCUGGAGGCGGCCUCCUCGACCCCAGCGCCUUCCCUGAAGACGCGCGCCAUGAGCGUGGAGAACCUGAACGAUGCACAGCGUCAGUACCAGUUGGCCAAGCAGCUGCCGCAGCUGCAUGUGGCCGACUCCAUGUACUCGCUGCACACCAGCAGCUACAACUACAGCUAUGCCUCCUUGCCACGUCGCACGCAUGGCGGCAGCAGCAGCAGCAUCACCUCCUCGGCUGUAGAGCGUCGCAUCAGCUUCUCGGGCGAGGGCGAUGCGGCCACGCGGAAGGCGGCCAUUACCAACAUAUUGGAGCAGCGGCGUCGCAGCUUGUCCAAGCUGCGCGGCCUAGUCAUACCGGAGCGGCCGCAGCUGCUGGAGCCCAUACUGGAUCUGCCCGAGAUCAAGAGUCAGGUGAAGGCGGCGAGUGGAGAGGACUCGACGGACAGCGGCCUGGGCGAGAUGCGUCCGCUGAGGCAGGCCAGCAACAGCACCAUCAGCAGCAGCAGCAUUAACUCCAGCAACAUUAGCAACAACAACAGCAACAUGAAUGGCAGCAGCUAUCGCAGCUUCCUUACGGCCACACAGCGUCGUCCUUUGGAGACACAGCUCUCGCAGCCGCCUGCCAAGCCGCCCAGGACAUCGCUAGCUAGCACUUUGAGCAUGCCCAGCCGGCCAACCCCGCAACAGCAACCACAGCAGCAGCAGCAACCACAGCAACAGUUGCCGCUGCAACAGAGCUUCCUCGCCGAUCAGGAGAGCGACACAGAUUCCGUAUUCUCCAAUACGGCACGCGUGCCCACGCCACCGGAGAAGUUCGCGCUGACACGCACGCUCAGCUCGGAGACAAACACUUCGAUAGCCAGCUCCAACACCUCCACCUUGACGUCGGGCUCCUCGGCCGGCUCGCAGGCCAGCUGCAGCUCGCUGGGCAGCACGCCCACCGUGGAUCUCACCCGGCGCGUGCUCAAGUGCCAGCUGAAUGGCAGCGCCAAUGCCAAUGGCAAUGGCAACGAUGCCAAUGCCAGUGCCAACAGCAAUCGCAAGAGCAUCCUGGCCUCGGCCAAGUGCCGCAGCGCCAAGAGUCGCGGACAGGAGAACUUCAAUGACAACGACAACGACAGCACCGAUGGUGAGGCCUGCGUCCUGAACGGGCGUCGGCUCAAGUCUAGCUACAAGCAACAGCAGCAGCAACAGCAGCAGCAUCAACUGCUGGCCAAGCAGCUGGUGGUGGACAAGCUGAUCAAUGUGGCUGCCUAUGUGGAGCUCACCUCGGAUACGGACGACAGCAGCCGGCGCUCGGAUACGCCGGCCAAGAUCAGUGCCAUGUUCAUCGAUGAGGAGCGCAAGGCCAGCUUCAAGGCCGAUCCCGUGCAGCAGGCCAAGCUGCGCGUGGUGCAGGCCAAGCCUGUGAUUUGCCCCAUGCCGCAGCGCACUCAGACGCCAAAGCUGGGCCUGGGCAGCGCCAGCAAGUCGCAGACGACGGCUGAGCUGCGCGAGAAAUUUGAGCGCAGCGCGGCGGCGGCUGCAGCAGCGGCCACGCCCCCAGUUCCAUUGCCCGUGCACAAGGCAAUCACGAGCGUUGCCCUGGCCAACGCUAAGCCGCAUCAUGAGCGCUUCAGCUCGCUGGAUUCGCUGGCCUCCAGCUCCUCGGGCGUCAGCUCGACCACACAGAACGUGAGCACCACCCAAGAGACGGCCACGGAGUUCGGCAGCUUCUCAUCGUUGGGCAGCAAUCAGAGCUUGAUUACGGCACAAGAUGUGCAGCAGAUUGUCGAGGAGGCCGAUCCGCCACUGAAGACACCGGAAGCCUUCAUCAUAGUCCUGCAGCGGGAUACGCCAGAGAGCAGCAUUGGCAUCACACUAGCCGGUGGCUCCGACUAUGAGGCUAAGGAAAUAACCAUCCACAAAAUAUUGAGCAACACGCCCGCUGCCAAGGACGGACGCCUGAAGAAGGGCGAUCGCAUCUUGGCCGUCAAUGGCAUGAGCAUGCGAGGCCUAACACAUCGUGAAUCGAUCAGCGUGCUCAAGACACCUCGUCCCGAAGUCGUCGUCGUGGCCACGCGCUCCGAAUCGCUGAUCAUCAAGCCGCUGAAUAAGAAACGCUCUUCGCUGGGCUCGCUCAGCUCACUGAAUGAGAAGCCGACUGAGCUGGACUACGAACGCAAACGCAACUACCACAAGGCAUCGCGAUCGCUCGAUCUGGAUCUGGACAUUGUGUCCAAUGAGGGUGGCGCCAGCACCGUGCCCAGCACGCCGAGCACGCCCAGCACGGGCACGAGCAGUCCGCAGCAGCCGGCCAGUCUGCUGGAUGAGGCGAGCAGCAACGAUGCAGAGUUGACCAUUGCGGGCAUUCGGGCAAGGCGUCAGCUCUCUCGCGGAGAUGCAGCCAAGCUGAGCACCAGUGAGCUGCUGGAGCGUGCUGCGGAGGCACGUAAUGCCAUUGCCGCGGAGAUACGUGCACAGGCUGAAGACGUGGCGUCUGGCGCUGGUGCGCGUUGCGUGGAAAUCAUCAAGGACAGCUGUGGACUGGGCUUCUCCAUUGAGGGCGGCUUCGACUCGCCGUUGGGCAAUCGUCCGUUGAUUGUCAAGAAGGUCUUCAUGGGUGGUGCCGCCCAGAAGACCAAUCAGGUGCGCAACGGCGACGAGAUCCUUAGCAUUAAUGGUGCCUCAACGGCGAGAAUGACGCGCGUCGAUGCCUGGAACUAUAUGAAGCAGCUGCCGCUGGGUCCGGUCAAAAUUACAUUGGCCUAGAUUCUAUAUAGCUUGAUAAUGAUAAUGCGCCACAAUUUUUUAGUUUAGUAGAUUGAAGAUAGAGGGAAGAGAGCAGGCGAGCUGCGACGUUUUGUUUCUGCAUUUAGAGAGCGAUCUAUAUACAUGUAAUCGUAAUCAUAUAUACAUCUCUAUAUAUAUAUAUAUUUAAAUAAUUUAAAGUGCAAUUGAUAUAACUUUUCUAAUUUGAAUUGGGGCUGCGUCCUCUAUUAAAUAUAUAUAUACAUAUACACUUACAUUUUAUAUAUCCCUUGAUUGUACAUAACUAUCUUAACUAAUUUACGUAUUUAAUUUUCUCAAACGAUACAAAGAAAUGGAAAUUUU